GCAUGAGGGCGUGUUCAGCUGUAAUUAGUGUGUCGGGAAAUAUAAGAACUGAGCUUGCGCGGUGUAUUCACAACAAAGCUUGAGGAAGUUAGUCCCUUUUCGGAGUGCCUUGUGUUGUGAGCUGAGCUGGGAAUCAAAAAGUUAUAGUCUGAUGCUGGUAUAAAUCACCACAUUGGUGGGAUUUUCAUGAUGCUUAACAAGAUGAAAAUUUUCAAGGUCAGAAGUUUGACUGAUUCUCAGAAGUAUGGAAUAGCAGCCGUAAGCUUGAAAGAUCUUAUUGCUAAGGGAUGCAAAAGACUAAAGCUUUCUCCCUUCAAUUGUCGGGUAUGCUUAUAUGAAGAUGGCACUGAAGUGAAUGAAGAUUACCUUCAGCGUGUUCCAGACAAUACAAACCUCAUAAUACUUACUGCUGGGCAGUCGUGGAAUGGCUAUAUUUCAGAUCUGGAGCAUUUUCUGUCUGCCUUUGAAAGGAGGCAGGAUGAGGUGAUUAAGGCUGCCCAGAACCUGUUGACAGGCGAACAGGCACCCAUGAGGCGUAAGUUACUACAAGACCUCAUUUACAACCUGAAUGAAAACAUUUCAGCUGAAACUAGGGAGGAGGACAGCAAGUGGUUUCAAGGUAUAGAGUCACGAUUUAAGACCAAGUCAGAUUACAUGAGGUACAGCUGUGAAGGGCGAAUAAGGGGCUACAUGAAGGAGGUUGAAAACUAUCCAGUGGAACCAGCUGUUCAGAAAGCAUACUACAGUACUGUGGAACAAAUGUCUCAGAAAUUGAAAGCUAUUAAGUACAAUGGUAGCUACUUUAAUCGAACUGAAAAUGACACCAGGAGGCUCUGUACUCGUGAAGGAUGGUUCUCCUGUCAAAUUGUGGCAUGGUGGGAUCAGGGAAUUUGCCUUUACCGCAACUGCAGUCAGAUCUUGGACUCUGAGUUGGUAUAUGUAAUUAGCAGGGGAAUCGAGAAGAAACGCACAAUCAUUCCAACUCUUGUCAAAGCUGUGAAGAACAGAAAUGGAAAAGAGAUUAACUGGGAGUAUUUCUACAGGAUAUUAUUCACAGUAGAAAAUCUUAAACUGGUGCACAUUACAUGCCAUAAGAAGACUGUUCACAAUCUCUCCUGCAGCAACAAACAAAUUUAUAGUAAAAGAAAAACCCCAAAGAAAAGGAGAGCUGCUCCUGGAGGAGACAGUAUAUAUGCUUGAGUCGCUCAGGAUUUCUCAGGGGCACAGUAUACAUGAAGUGGACAGAAUACUGCACUAUACAAUUGAAUUGCAUAUCAUAUUCCACGUCUAAAACAGUUGUGAGGUCAGAAAUGUUAUUAUCUAACCAUCAAAUAAUGUGAAUAGGUGUACCAGUUCAGUUAUUCCCUGAAUAAGUGUUACCAGUUCAGUAAUAGCUUCCGAUGAAAGGAACCUCUUUUUUUUUUUUAAUUAUUCAAAUUAGCUAAAUGCAUUUACAGUAUACUGUGUUGUACAGUGUUACAUCUGUAUACUUCUGUUUCACAUUUUUUACUAUUCAGUUUCAGUCUGAGAGAGGAAACUAUGAGCCAGAUUCAUAAACCCUAAAUGCUAUCGCUGAGGACAUUGUACACCACAAAAGGGCACAAAAAGCUCUGUCGGUUUCAUAAACCCCACUAAUGCAAUGGAGUAGGACCAUUCAAUUCCCAGCCAAACAUGCUUAUGCACACUACCCUGUCACACCCUGUCACACCCUCAUGAUAUAUGUGCGCUCAUGUCAAUGAAAGCAAGCAAGGCAUCAGACCCCCUUAUUACCACAGUACGGUAAUGACCCCAUUGCUGUUUAUGUCUGCGAUGUACAACACUCCAUUAUAAGGCGGCAGAGUACAGUACGGCAUGCCUUAGUAUAUAUAGUGCUUAUAGUGCUCUGUAGUGCUGUUUAGCAACAGUGAGCUACCUGGUAGUCUGGAGCACAGUAGCAUCCAGUAUGCAUUACUGUACAUGGUUCUCCAAUAUGACACUCAAGAAAAUGAAACCAUGCCUCUGCACCCCAGGAGAGUACUGCAGUUCGUUCUUUGAAUCUUAGUAGUUUUGUGUAGCAUUCUAAUGAUAAGUAUGGAGAAUGCAAUUGCAAUGCCUGCACUAUGUUUGGGAACAAGAGGGCCUUAUUUUUCAAAAAAAAAAAUUGAAGAGAUGCAUCCUUCACCAUUGCAGAUUACUGGCCGCAGGAAAUUUGCAGUUAUGGGACCUGCAGGGUUUUAUGUUUUUCUUUUUGCCAUGAAAAUUCCAUGACCGAAAUGCUUGUGUUGAUCGAUUGUUAAAGGAUGGAAAGACACGAUUUUCUAUUGUUGUGUAUUCCCUAACAUAAAUACCAUGUGUGAGGUCCCCUCUUUGGGCUAGUAAUCAAGGAGCCUGAAUCUUCACCACUGACACUGGAAAGGGUCGUUCACUUGGAACAAAAAUAAAUAU